CGCCACAUCAAUCCACAUCUGAAGAUCCGACAAAUCAGAUUGAUCGAUGGCACACUAGUACUACCAUUUGCGCCACAUUGGUUGACCAGAUAUAAGGCAAGCAGGAUGCAGUCGUCUCUCUUGUCCUCUUAAUUUUCUCCCCUUUCCCAGUGCAACAUCCAAUCAGCGUAAUUAUUGAACGCCUAGCGUCAUGUCCCCUGCCAGCGAGACUGGCAUAUCAUUGACUCCUCCACGCCCCAAUGCGCCGGACCAAGGUGCUAGCAAACUAGAAUCUACCCCAAACAGCCGUGGGGCUUCGGUUGUCAGCGAGAACAUCGGCCUGGUCGGUGUCAAGGUUAAGCAAGUCCGCCCAUGGAUUCAACGCGAUAUAGAACAGGUUAAGGAGUGCAAGGCAGAUGCCAUGCUGCAAGCCCUCCUGCAGCGCGCUUCUUCCGCUCCCGAGACUGAACAGCCCAAGCUCUUGCAAAAGUGCCUCAAAGCAGUUAUGCCAGUUUGCAAUGGAGAGGCCUCCACCGCGUUUUUAAAGUCUUCUGAUGUCAAGACAGCCCUCAACGAAUACGUACGCCCAGGAGCAGAAAACAACUUCUACAGCCCUUUCAUAAGAGCCACCAACAUUGCGCUCGCUUGUCUUGAGAAGAUCAAGGUCGACGGGAUGCGUGCUCCUGUCCCUGCCGUGGACAUGAUCUGCCAGCAGAACGAUAUGCCCAUGCACCAAAUGCACCAAAAUAAGCCAUCAAUUCGGAAGCCUGACUUGGUCAUUCUUCCUCUGAACAGCGCAUGUGCUCCCUUCGAGGAUGAGAAGGGCAGCAAGAAAGGUAAACAGACCGGCAAACAGAAGGGCAAACAGAACGACAGACAGAACGACGACGAAAACGACGAGAAGGAUGACGACCAGCGCAAGAAGAGACGCAAGGCUCAUAUGGAUACGAAUGCAACGGUAAAGGCACAAAAUCUCCGCUGGGAAGAUGUUCUCGCUUGCAUCGAGUUCAAGAGAAAGACGCCAGGGAGGAAGAAAGGGAUUGCGCCACCGCCCUCUUCGUAUGCAGUGACAGACUAUGUCCCUACAAAGCCAGACCCAGCGGCACAAAGUGCGUCCGACACUGCAAUUUCAUCUUCCGGCCUUACUCUUGCCCAACCUUCCCAGGGCGGGUCCAGCUCCAAGCGCAAGGCUGCGGGCACUUUGGAAUCUGCUGCGAAGAAAUCCAAGAUGAACCCCGAAGAGACCGACGUGGAACUAGAUGUGACUGUCCAGACGGGUCUGUACGCCGCCGAAAUGUUUGCAGCCAACCUUGCAGUUAAUUAUCUGCUGAAUAUCAUCGUCGUCGAUGAUGUAAUGUGGAUCUGGUAUUAUGAUCGGCAAGGGAUCAUUCAAUGCUCAGGCAUUAACUUCAUCCAAGAUCUACCGCGAUUCAUGGUGCUGCUGUAUGCUUUACAACGAUUCGAUCUUCAGGGUUGGGGCCGAAACAAGGACUUUCUCCCAGUUCAAGUUGAUGGGAAACGAUGCCACGAAUUCAAAAUCCAGGAUGAAAAAUUCGGAGAGGUGGAUCUGCUGCUUCACACCAGUCACGAUGAAAGAGUGACGCACUAUGGACUGCAAGGACGUGCCACCAAUGUGGUCCCUGUAACCAGCGAAGCGCUCACGAAAAAAUACGGAAAGCUCCAGGAUGGGAUGGUAGCCAAAAUCUUUUGGGGAGAGGCGAAUCGCAUUAGCGAGCCUGCCAUCUUGGACAAGGUUAAGGAGAUUGCUAAGGCGCAUAAUACCGUAAAAGACCAUAUUCCCGAGCUGCUUUGGCACCACCAGUUCACGAAUCCUACGUCCACCAUCCGAGAAGCGCUCGGCGUUCCGGAGCCCACCACAGGCAGUCGCGUGCUUUACAUACUUGUGUUCCGCAAGCUCCACUCCAUUACGACGCUCAAGACCGAGGACCUUUUCGACGUAUGGCGUCAGUGCAUUCUAUGCCACGUUACUCUAUGGAAGGAAGGGGUCCAUCAUCGAGAUGUCAGCCCUGGAAACCUGAUGUGGUACUGGAAGGACGGGCAGCGGAUAGGCGUUUUGAACGACUACGAUCUGUCCUCAUUGGCGGAUGAUCCAGGUCCUCGGGGCAACGAGCGCACGGGCACAGUGCCGUUCAUGGCGCUCGAUCUUCUCACCGAAGAGGGUCAACGAGGCCAAGUGAAACACUUAUAUCGUCAUGAUCUGGAGUCGUUUAUGUGGUGCUUCGUCUGGAUUUCCUUGCGUUACGAGAAUGGAGUCCUUCUACAACGUGGAUCGCGCCCCUUCGAUGAAUGGGCGACUUUAGACGCUGUAGCAUGUGGUAAGGAGAAGUACUAUUUUCAGGGUCAUAUGAAACUUCCUCCACGCUCGCACAUAUCCGAGUCUUUAUGGGCACUCCUUGUGGACUGUUUUUGGGUGCUUAAAAGGGAUGCUGACGACCGGCACUAUCUUGGCCUUAAACGGUCGUCGGGCUCAGGACGCCAACAGCCUAAUGCUCAGGACUCAGAUCCUGAUGCUUUUUUAUCUAAAUUUACAAGUUUAAAGACUUGGGCUGAGCUCAGGAAACCUGAGUGAUUUUCCUUGCUCGUUACCCUAUACGCGGUUUCUUAUAUAUCGAUACGUAUGACUUUCAGUUGCAGAUUGAGAUUCACAAUACAAGUGGUCGACCAUUCACUUCCCAUAUGAUAAUUGAAAGCUGCUAGGGACUAAAUAUUUCGAAUGAGCAUGAUGCAUCUUGCCACUUAUUCGUUUGUGACCUUCACUGGCAGGAUCGUGUUGAAACCAUCCUUGGCUUACAGCGCAACUAAUGCUUCGAUCAUUUGUGCUAGACAAUCUCACUGGGCAUCAUUCUGCGAGAGCAAUCUGAAUAUUAAUCAUGUAUGCGUUCU